AUGGCUUGCGAUGACAGCACGGCUUGCAAGAACAGCACAGCUUGCGAGGACAGCACGGCUUGCGAAGACAGCAUGGCUUGCGAGGACAGCACGGCUUGCCAGGACAGCACGGCUUGCGAGGACAGCACGCCUUGCGAGGACAGCACCGGUUGCGAGGACAGCAUGGCUUGCGAAGACAGCACAGGUUGUGAGGACACCACGGGUUGCGAGGACAGCACAGCUUCCGAGGACAGGACAGCUUCCGAGGGCAGCGCAGCUUCUGAGGACAACACAGCUUCCGAGGACAGCACAGCUUGCGAGGACAGCACAGCUUGCGAGGACAGCACAGCUAGCGAAGACAGCACAGCUUGCAAGGACUGCACAGCUUGCGAGGACAGCACAGCUUGCGAGGACAGCACAGCUUGCGAGGACAGCACAGCUUGUGAGGACAGCACAGCUUGCGAGGACUGCACAGCUUGCGAGGACAGCACAGCUUGCGAGGACAGCACAGCUUGCGAGGACAGCACAGCUUGCGAGAACAGCACAGCUAGCGAGGACAGCACAGCUUGCGAGGACAGCAAGGCUUGCGAGGACAGCACGGCCUGCGAGGACAGCAUGGCUUGCGAGGACAGCACGGCUUGCAGGGACAGCACAGCUUGCGAGGACAGCACAGCUUGUGAGACAGCACAGCUUGCGAGGACAGCACAGCUUGCGAGGACAGCACAAUUUGCGAGGACAGCACAGCUUGCGAGGACAGCACAGCUUGCGAGGACAGCACAGCUAGCGAGGACAGCACAGCUUGCGAGGACAGCAAGGCUUGCGAGGACAGCAUGGCCUGCGAGGACAGCACGGCUUGCGAUGACAGCACAGCUUGCAAGGACAGCACAGCUUGCGGGGACAGCACAGCUUGCGAGGACA